GUUUUACUUUCGAUAUAUUUACCUGGAACAAAAGUCUACGUGUGCAUGAAAUUCCAAUGGAAUUUUGGUUCCGUACUCCAUGGAAGAUAAUUUGUACUAAAACUUUUUAAACAAUGGUGUCCCUCUACCGGCCCUUGCUGAAGGAUUGUAUCGGUGGCACUGACCUUCUGUCUGACCUCGGUGACGUCAUAGACGAAAAUGGCAGACGGGAGGUCCGGAGGGCGGGGAAAAGGGAAGGAGCCUCGGGGUCCAUGCAGGUCCUACUGGGUCUGAUAGACGCCAGCCCCAACCAGGACAAAUGGGAAAUCUUCUACAAGGCUCUGAAAAAUAACGAUUUUGAACACGUGAUCACUGCCCUGAAAUAUGAAAAGAUUCCCAAUACUGUACGGAAAGUGUAUUCCGAACUAUUACUACAACCUGAAAACAUCAAGCAUUUACAUGGUCUCCUGAGCUCUGAUUCGCAAAAGAAAUUGGUUGAAAGAAAUGUGCUAUUUAAUGAAGACAUUUACAAUAUUUCAUCAGAAAGAGAAAAGACCGAAAGUGACACAGCCGCCGUUUUGGUACUUUUGGACAGACUGUGGAGAAAAAACACGAAGUGGAUUGAGGAGUUGUCGAACAUUUUCAAAUCGAAGGAUGACGUCUUCUCUCAGAAGCUUUUUCAGUACAGUACAGGUGCGGAAGAAACAGAACCAAAGGAAGUUUCUAAUGUUGUCAAGGAAGACAGUGGCGUCACAAUGACGUAUGUUGAUAGAGACCGGAGGCAAAAAGCCAAGUCUGAACAGGAAGAGACCGAACCAAAAACAUUGCUACAUACUGACGCCCAACUAUUGCACAUGGCAUCGGGAACAUCCGAAAGCAAUCGUGUAACUGAGACGGAAAGUAGUCCGGCCACUUUCUCCACAGACGUACAUGAAAACACGAGACUCUCAGACUUACCCGAAAGAAUCGGAGAAAGUCUAUCCACUUUGCACACAGAACCCUGCGUGGGGGGAAGCACGCAUCUCUCAGACUUACCCAAAAAGGUCGGAGAAAGUUUGUCCUCUUUGAGCUCAGAAUCCUGCAUGAGGGGAUCUCAAGAGAUCUCGAUAAGUGACCCUGGAGAAUAUAUAUCUAUCGAAUCACCAAGGGAGGUCCAUCAGAACUCAGCUCGCGAAGUAACUACAGGUGAAAUUAAUCAAAUAGGCGAGGUUUUAGAUGCUACUGUGGAGCGAUCCCGGCUCCGGAACGACUCGGCGAUGUAUAGGGACGAAGAAUCGGAAGUGUCAUCGGACAAAGACGACGGUCCGCGGAGUGAAAAGGACAUCAAUGAAGCCACUGAGAAGGAAACCUUUCCUACACUGACAAUGAGGAACUACCAGUUAGAGUUAGCGGAAAUAGCUUUGAGUGGUCGGAACACCAUAAUCUGCGCAGAAACCGGAACCGGAAAAACAUACGUGGCGCUCUACCUCACACAGCAACAUCUUGCAAGCAAAAAUGACGCCUGUGUUGUUUUCUUGGCUCGAACAAACGCCUUGGUUGAACAACAGUACGAGAAGUUUAGUAAGUUCCUAUACAAAUAUAAGGUUUAUCAUUUAAAAACGGACAAAACCGCGGCAAUGGGAAGGAAGCUAGUAAUGGCGAAAGAGAACCACCAGGUUUUCUUCAUGACUCCCCAAAUUCUGUUGAACAACAUAAACAGCAAACAGAUCUCUCUACAGGAAGUGUCCCUCCUGAUUCUGGAUGAAUGCCACCACACGCGCAAGCGCGAGCCGUACAACAACGUGAUGAAGCAGUACCUUCACCUGAAGAGGGACAGCAAGAACACCUCUCUUCCUCGGGUUCUUGGACUAACUGCUACAAUAGGGGUGGGUAAAUCCAGUACCCUGGACGGAGCCGUGUCACACAUUCUAAGCGUGUGUGCAAGUUUAGACGUAUUAGACAUUUCAAUGGUCAAGAACAACAAAGAGGAAUUAGAAAGUCACGUGGCAAUACCAAAACGAGAAACCAAGAAAUUGAUGGAAAAGGAGAAAGACUUACCCAAACAUAUCAUUUUGGAAAAAAUGGAGUUGAUUGAAAAAUAUGUUGCGAAAACUGAAGUCGUCAAUCAGCCGAAACUGAAGAAACAAUGGGACAAAAAACCAAAGAAAAGAGAUGGUAAACAAUAUCAGAAGUGGACCAUUCAUCUGAGAAAUAGAGUGAUCUGUAAACUGAAAACAGAGCCUACACUCCUGAGACAGUUACACGCAGCUCUCACACAUCUGUCGACCUAUAACGAGGCUCUUGCUGUCAACUACUUAAUGAACAGCACCCACGUGGCAGAAUUCCUGAAGCAGAAGUUGGCAGACGAUAUAAAACAGCAUAAGGUGAUACUGAAGGAGAAGGCGUCUUUUAAUGACGCUGAAGAUAAACUUUUGCGAUAUCAUGAAGAGGUUUGUCAGCAAUUGGAGUUAUUGAGAGGUGUCACUAAUGACCAUCUAAAGACUUUGAGGGAUAUCCUAGUCGAGCUUCGGACUGACCUUGGCGAUGACGUCAAGGGCAUGAUCUUCGUGGAAACCAGAGCCACUGCCUUUGCCCUCGCAAAAUACAUCACUGAAGAAUUAGAAAUGAUGAGAUACAGGGCAGGGCCAUUCACCGGAAGUAAAUCCAGUGACAGCAGUGAAGGUAUGCUUGAGGAAGAAAAGACCGACACUUUGAAGAAAUACAGGAAAGGGGAGAUCAAUCUAUUGGUGGCGACCUCUGUCGGCAGUGAGGGGAUUGAUGUCCCAGACAGUAACUUCAUCAUCACCUACAACUACACCGGAAACGAGGCCGACAUCAUGCAAAUGAGUGGACGUGCAAGACGACAGGACUCCACAGUGACUCACAUCUCUGACCAGACGAUACAGCGCCGAGAGGAGACCAGUCUACAGAAAGCCCUACUGAUGGCGCGUGCGUUUGACCGCCUGGGUGACAUGAAGGAGGAGGACCGACACAGGAAGAUCCGGGAGCAGCAGACGACAAUAAAGGACACAGAAAUCGGGUCCUUCUUCCUGGAAAACUCAGUAACAAAAGAAACCAUGUCAUUCGCCAUUAUCUGCUGGAAAUGUCAGGCGUUUGCAGUACAUGGCAAUGACGUCAGAAUUUAUACCGGUCAGCACCGGAUUGUACUGGAUCCAGACUUUCUGGACCGCUGUGUGCUGGAGGACUUGGACGAAACUUCGAGGUUCAAGAAGCGGAUUAUCCGUUGUAAGGAAUGUAAAACAAAAUGGGGGACCACGUUUGGGGUGGACGAGUUUGAAGUUCCUGUCCUAAAGGUGAAAGCCUUUCUCUUCGUCCCUGGGUACACCGGAGGAGAUUUGUCGGAGUGGAAGGAACGCAAGCGCUUCAAGACCUGGGGGAGAGUGGAGUUCGCCAUUGCAAACAUCGGCAAAAUCAAGCUGCUUGAGAAUCUCAACAACGGGAAAAAUGACGUCAUAACCACGUAAGAUGAGAGGUGUUUAUACCCUCUGAUGUCAGACACACCCUGCCUACCCUGUCAGGGACACAAAUGUAAUGAAAAAGUUUCAAGUACUGGUUUUAUCUUCUGUUUCUUGUAUCGUUAUUGACGCAAUAUUGUUUCAUAACCUAUCGUUCUACGUCCACUUUCCUUUUUUUUCAUCCAUUGGGAUCGUACGCAGCACAGUGUGAGCUUUUAUCCGAAUGAAAUGCACGUUUUAUUUUCUAUUAAUAAAACUGGAAAUGAU